AUGGAAAUCCCACAAGCUCUCCAAGCCCUAGGCCCCAUCAGACCGGUAACCUGCGUCGAAAUGCACACAGCAGGCGAGCCAACACGAAUAAUCUGGAACAACAUCCCACCUUUAACAGGUACACUCCUGGAACAGCGAGCGCAAGCAAAAUCCCAAUUCGAUGAAUUCCGCCGCGUUCUCAUGCUCGAACCGCGCGGACACUACGACAUGUAUGGCGCGAUCUUACGCCCAGAGACCGAGCUCGUCAGCUCCGGACAAGCCCAUAUAGGCGUGUUGUUCAUGCAUAAUGAAGGGUUCUCGACUAUGUGCGGACAUGCGACGAUCGCUUUGGGCCGGUUCCUUGUCGAUAUUGAUGAGAAGGUAUUUCCUCGUCGGAAGGAAUUGAGACAUGAUCCUGUCUCACGGACGACGACGCUUAAUCUGCAUGUGCCAUGUGGCGUUGUCGAGGUUAUUGUUCCCACUUUGGAGUCUGGGAAGUCGGAUGCGUCGCGGCCUGUUUCGUUCGUGUCUGUGCCGUCGUUUGCUAAGGCUAUCGCCUUGCAGGUUCCUAUUUCUGAGAAGUAUCGCUGGGCCGAGCUGCGUGGCAGGACGGCUGUUACGGUGGACUUUGCUUAUGGGGGUGCGUACUAUUGUAUGGUUAGUGCUGAGGAAUUGGGGUUCCCCUGUGGUCUUGGUGAGGUUAAGCUGCAGGAUAUGGAUAAUGCGACGAAGUUGCUCAAGGAGGCGGUGGUUACCAAUCCAGAUUUGCAGCAUCUCACUCAGGACAUGCAAACUGCUGAGGAGGGCUUCCUGUACGGUAUCAUGAUCACGGAUACGCGACUGGGACAUGUCAGUGCUUUGGAGGGGACGGCGGCUGCUCGUGCGCAGCUGGAUAUUGGUAGCGAGGAGACGGGGCUCUGUUUCUUUGCCAACCAGCAGAUUGACCGGUCUCCCACUGGGAGUUGUGUUGCUGCGAGGGUGGCUCUGGCACAUGCCAAAGGGACUUUGGCUAGGGGUGAGAAGAGGAUGUAUAACUCCCUCGUGACUCGGGCAUAUAGAGGUCUUUCUGGAUUUGUGGGGUCUGUCUUUGAGGAUACUGACACAAGCCAAGGAGAGCAGCGGAGUGUCCAAGUUUGUGUCGAGGGACAUGCGUAUUAUACCGGGUAUCAUUCCUUUGUGGUUGAGAAGGAGGAUGGUCUUGGGCUGGAUGGGUUCUCUAUGAGGGACAUUGCUUUGUAG